CCUCGCUGACAAGCUCUGUCACGGGCCGAGAGGCUCUGAAAAGAGGAUUUUGAGGCUUAGAAAACUGCGCUUUAAAGGAUGACCCUUCUGAAGCCAGGUGCCAUUGUCCAUGGAACAAGAUGGAGAGAAGAUAGUAUAGUGAAGUGGUGGGCUUGUGGACAGGAUGGCUUUCCUGGACAACCCAACAAUUAUACUUGCUCAUAUUCGGCAGUCACAUGUGACCAGUGAUGAUACCGGGAUGUGUGAAAUGGUCCUGAUAGAUCAUGAUGUCGACCUAGAGAAGUUUAAUCCCUCGUCAACAUAUGGGGACAGUUCAGAAACCCAGGGAAGCAAUGGUGAGACUCAGGGCUAUGUAUAUUCCCAAUCAGUCGAUAUUACCUCAAGCUGGGACUUUGGAAUUAGAAGACGAUCAAACACAGCUCAGAGACUAGAACGUCUGCGGAAAGAGAGACAAAAUCAAAUAAAAUGCAAAAAUGUUCAGUGGAAAGACAGAAAUACUUCUUACUCAGCAGAGGAACUGAGCUCCCUAUUUGAAAAAAAGAAUUUCAAAGUAAAAUCUCCAUGUUCUGGGAAGCAGUCAAUACUAUCUGUGCGACUUGAACAGUGUCCACUACAGUUGAAUAAUCCCUUCAAUGAGUACUCAAAAUUUGAUGGCAAGGGUCAUGUUGGUACAACUGCAACCAAAAAAAUUGAUGUCUACCUCCCACUGCACACAAGCCAAGACAAACUACAGCCUAUGACAGUUGUGACGAUAGCAAAUGCCAAGGUGCAUGACCUGAUUGGACUAAUAUGCUGGCAAUAUACAAGUGAGGGACGGGAACCAAAACUAAAUGACAACGUCAAUGCCUACUGUCUCCAUAUUGCUGAGGAUGAUGGUGAGGUUGACACAGAUUUUCCACCCUUGGAUUCCAAUGAACCCAUUCACAAGUUUGGCUUCAGCACUCUGGCAUUGGUUGAAAAGUACUCGUCUCCCGGCCUGGCAGCAAAACAGUCGCUCUUUGUUCGAAUAAAUGCUGCUCAUGGAUUCUCACUUAUUCAGGUGGACAGUAUGAAGGUCACCAUGAAGGAUAUCUUGCAAAAGGCCUUAAAGAGAAGGAAAGGAUCACAAAGAGGCUCAGGUCCUCAGUAUCGGCUGGAGAAGCAGAGUGAACCUAAUGUCCCCGUAGAUUUAGACUGUACCUUGGAGAGCCAGAGCACUUUGGAAUUCUGCCUUGUCCGAGAGAACAGUUCAAGAGGAGAAGAGAUCUCAGAGGAAGACCCUCAAAUCGAUAUAGCUACCGUUCAGGAUAUGCUUAGCAGCCACCAUUACAAGUCCUUCAAAGUCAGCAUGAUCCAUAGGCUUCGAUUCACCACCGAUGUUCAGUUAGGUAUUUCUGGAGACAAGGUAGAGAUAGACCCUGUUACUAAUCAGAAGGCCAGCACUAAGUUUUGGAUUAAGCAGAAACCCAUUUCAAUCGAUUCUGAACUCCUCUGUGCCUGUGACCUUGCGGAAGAAAAAAGCCCAAGUCAUGCAAUAUUUAAACUUACAUAUCUAAGCAAUCAUGACUACAAACACCUUUACUUUGAAUCAGAUGCUGCUACUGUCAAUGAAAUUGUACUGAAGGUGAACUACAUUCUAGAGUCGCGAGCAAGUACAGCCAGAGCAGAGUAUUUUGCUCAGAAACAAAGAAAACUGAGCAGGAGAACAAGCUUUAGCUUCCAGAAGGAGAAGAAAUCGGGCCAGCAGUGACGCCUAGCCUGGAGGAAACCUGUCUGCCUCCCUCGGAGGAGGAGAAGCUCCCGACAGCCGGAGACAGGUGGGAGCGAGAACUGCAGCGCUCCUGUUGCCAACAGGCAGGAGCAGCCAGGGAAGAAAAUCCGUGUUAUCCAGUCUCUCACGGUUGGUAGAUUAUCCCUCUUUGGUGAUGGGAAGUCUCCCCUGUGACAAAAAUAAAGAGCCAUAUCAGCCGGAAAGACGACUGUUACGCUUCAGGUUCCUUUGAUUAGAAAUAAGAGAAUGACGUAGACGGGCAUCAUUUAAUUACUAUAUUAUGUACAAUCACAAGAAGAGAUGUGAUUACAUAUUAUUUCACAGCCUGGUUAGAAUAAAUUAUAUACAUCUGUAAUACACCCACAUACACACAGGUAUUGCUUGUGACAUGAUCAAAUUUCUAAAAACAAAAUGUAGGACAAAUGUAUCCAUUUUUACUAUUAAUAAACAGAUGUACUCUUUCUCGCGGUCCAUAUGAUGCACAGUUCUUUUGGGGGGAGGUUGCAGUCCCAGAUGGCUCCUCUUCUGUUGCUGAAGUGCAGGAGGCAGCCGCGAGCCAGGAGACGCAGUAGCCGUUGCAGAGGAACUCAUUUGUGAAGAAAUGUUCAGACAGUCAAGUCUUUUUUUGUUUUGCUUUUUUCAUACUUUUACUUCACUGUACUUUUACUUAACUCCUACUUGCCUCCGGGCAGCACAGUAUUUUGAAAACCAAGGCAGCGUUUCUGCAAUUAAAAUGGGUGCAUCUUCCUGAACGUAGGACCUGCAGAGGUUUUCAAAGCGUGAACUGGUGGGAACGUGUCGCUCCUGAGCUAGGUGUCUAGUCUUUCUCUUUGUGACAACUUUCACCAGAGGACACAGAAAUACCUUCACCUUUUUUUUUAGUAUUAGAUGAGUCUUUAAAAAUGAAAAUGAAAAUCUACUUUGUACUGGGAUUUAUAGCUCUUCUGGCCUUGUUCAUCUUGAAUGCGUCGGGGACCGUGCGAGUGGGAGCGCGGGGAACCAGAGCUGCGCUUCCGUUUCCGUUCACCAGAGGUGUCUUUUAUCAGUCCCUGGGUCGUUGGAGCUGGAGCUCUCUGAGCUGUUGCAGUGGAUUUCAUAUCACGAAAAUGCCUCUGGUACCAAGAGGCCGUUUAAAAGACCACUGACCCCCCCACGGAAAUCCACAGCACUCCUCUGAUUUCUGCAGGUCAGACCGAAUAGCUCCUCUGCCACCCGGCUGCCUCGCAGAGACGGACCUGCAGGCAACCUGACCUGCUACAGUUUCGUACUUUGCUUCUCCAUAAAAAAACUCUUUCUGAGCCUUAACAUAUAGUCUAGGAAUAAACACUAAGGCCGAGAGCUCUAUUUGUCAGGUAUAUGCUACAUUUAAGGUCUCAAUUUUUAAGCUUUUAGCUUGUUCCAUUGGAAGAGAGUGAGCGAAGCCUUCCCGGAGAUGCUGCCAGGGGGUGCUCUGUCCUCGCGACAGACCGAGAAGGCCUUUCUUUACUGUACAGUCUUCCAUGAUUAUUACUCAGCAAAGGAUAAACAAGAGAAACAGUAUUUUAUAGUAUGAUAUUACAUUUUAAAACAUUUUAUAUGUGCAAGUGCAGCAUAGAUGCAAUGGAGAAAGAACCUUCGAAUAAUGCAAUGUAAAUGACUCCUUUAGUCAAGUUUGUGAACUAUUUAA